AUGCUGCAAUCAAAUUCUGGCACAGUCACUGUCGAGGGUUAUGAUAAUACUCGAAAUUUGCAAACAGUUAGAAAAAUGAUUGGUUAUUGUCCACAAUAUGACAUCCUGUAUGAUGAAUUGUCGGUAAAAGAACAUCUAGAAUUAGUUGCAAAACUACGUUCGAUGACCAAGGACGAUAUGAAUAAUUCUAUUAACAAAAUUCUUACUCAGAUAAGUUUAAGCAACGAUGAGAAAAAGUUAGCAAAAGAUUUAUCAGGUGGCAUGAAACGUCGUCUCUCAGUAGGCAUGGCACUUAUAGGAGAUCCAGAGGUAACUAAUCGUCUGUAUUAUCAGAAUAAUCGUGAAAAAAUAUGUUUGCACAUAGAUCCAACAAACAGGCGUAAAAUUUGGUCUAUUAUUAAAAAAUUAAAAGAGGAUGAACGUUGCGUGAUACUAACAACCCAUCAUUUGGAAGAAGCGGAUAUUUUAUCAGAUAAAAUAGCAAUAAUGACGGAUGGUCGACUACAAGCCUAUGGAAGUUCUGAAUUUUUAAAACAACAAACAAGUUUAAAAUAUCGAUUAUUUAUUGAGAAAGCAUCUAUAUGUGAUGAAAAUAGAGUAACGUGUUAUAUUCAACAGUAUGUGAAUAAUGUUAUUUUAGAACAAGAAUCAAUGUCAGAAUUAAUCUAUGGAAUACCAAGAGGUAAAGAAAAUAAUACAUUUAAACUCAUUGAACAACUUGAUAGAAAAGAAAAUAGAGAAAAUAUUCAAAUUGAUGGUUUUGGUAUAUCAAUGAUUACCAUUGAGGAUGUUUUUAUACAACUUGUGAAAGAAGCUCAUACAAAUCAUGGAUAUUUCGAAGAAAAGAAAAAACAAUUAGCUCAUGCAGUAUUUGAUGUUCAUGAUCGUAUAACAACAUAUCAUUUAUAUAUUCAACAAUUUUAUGCAUUAAUCGUUAAACGAUUGUUAAUCUCAUGUCGUCAAUAUAUAUUUUUAAUUGGAUUUUUUCUUUUAUCUAUUUUAAUUGAAAUAAUCAUUGUCUGUGCAUUUCCUACACCAGUUCAAAUAUUAUCGACACUCUUACAAAAUGAUCAUGUUAAAUUUGCUCAAGUACAACUUAUACCAUCUAUUUACAAUAGUAAGCAGACGAUUGUUGUCUAUGGGAAUAAUUUUAGUGAACUUCAAAAUGUUGGUACUAUUGAACAAUUAACAACGGAUACAAUUAUGUCCUAUAUUCAACAAGGAUAUCAUGAAACAGAAAUGAUAUUUAUACAAAAAUAUCAAAUUGCUCAAGCUCGAUAUACAAAUGUUACAUUUAAUGCUUAUUUUAGUACAGUAAAUUAUCAUGCAGCAGCUGUGAGUUUAGGCGUAUCAAUGAAUCAAUUAUUUCAGUAUUAUUCAAAUUCUUCUCAAACUAAACAAAUAAUAACCAUAAAUCAACCAAUUAUUACUACAGAAUCAACAUCAACAUCAUCUUCCGCUGAUUUAUUGGCGAAACUCUUUUGUUUUGAUAUUAUACCAAUGUCACUCUUUGGAUUUAUGAAUUCAAUUGUUGCUACUCUCUAUACAAGUAUGAUUAUAUUAUUGAUAACAACAGAACGUGUAUCAAAAUCAAAAUAUUUACAAUUAAUGGCAAAUUUAUCAAAAUGGAUUUAUUGGUUAUCAAAUGCCACAUACGAUUUUGUAUUAUGUUUCAUAUUAUGUAGUCUAUUAACCAUUAUCGUCAAGAUUAGCGCAGUAGCUACUACAAAUUUUGAUGCUGAAGUUAUUUCAUUUAAUCCAAUGCCUCAAACAAUAUUAUUUUUUAUUAUAACGAUAUUAUUUUCAUGUGCAUCUUUGCCAUUUGUUUAUAUUUGGUCUUUCUUUAUCAACAAUGAAAUAAUUGGCUUCAUCAAUUAUGUGAUUAUUAACAUUGUUGCAUGUUUUUUUGAUGUGGUAUUGAAUUUUGUCGAGGUGUACACUAUUGGUCAGAGUGUAACAUCUUCUGUUAUGACCGCUCUUCGAUGGAUACUAGCCGUUUUAUUUCCAACAGUGAAUUUCAAACGAUCGUUGUAUAACAUACGAAUCCAUGAUAAUAAUGUCUGUAUUGAUACAAUCAAUUCAAUAUUAUCAAGCAACCUCAAAAAAAAUGAAAUGUGGUCCAGUAUAAAAGAACCGGGUAUUGGUCUACACAUACUUAUUUUUUUCAUACAAAUGAUAGUCUGGUGGUUGCUAAUACUACUAAUUGAGAACAAGCAACAUAUUAAAUGUAUCUGUAAACAAAAACGUUCCGCUUUAACAGAUCGUUUUGAUGAUAAAAAUCUUCCAGACGAUGUGUAUGAGGAACGAAACAAGACUUUGGCAACGAGCGAGAAUAGUCAGAAUGUUCUAAUUGUCAAAGAUCUUAUUCAACAAUUUAAAAAAGGCAAAACGCUUCAAACAGCUGUUGAUCAUUUGAAUUUUGCUGUUACACAUCCGUCAUGUUUUGGAUUGUUAGGUAUCAAUGGUGCUGGUAAAACUACUACAUUCCGAAUGUUAAUUGGUGAAUUGUUACCAACAUCAGGUGAUAUUUUUAUUCGAGGAAAAAAUAUAGUGACAACGAAAAGUUAUGUUCAAAUUGGUUAUUGUCCCCAAUUCGAUUGGCUGAUCUAUUAUCUUACAGUGAAUGAAACUCUAACAUUAUUUGCUCGCUUACAUGGCCUAAAAGAAAAGAACAUACCGGACAUUUGUACGAAUACAAUACAACUAUUUGGACUGGAUAGUUACAUAACACGUCGAAUUCAAAAAUUAAGUGGUGGAAAUGGUCGGAAGGUGAGCACGGCACUGGCAUUUAUGGCUAAUCCAGAGAUCGUGUUUUUAGAUGAGCCCACGACUGGUCUUGAUGUGGUUUCUAAACGUAAAGUUUGGGAAGUAAUUCGGGCUGCAAGAAAUGCCGGAAUGACAAUUAUUUUGACCAGCCACAGCUAUCGAUGGGUAUAUAAACCAACUUUUGAAUAUAAACGGUUGCUUGGUGGUAGAGCUUGUAUUAGUAUCAGUGCAUGA